AAGAGGCUCGGGGAUGGUCGUAGAUAAAAUAGCUUCGAGUGGAGUUAGGAUUUGUUUUGUCUCUCUCUUGGAGCGCCAAGACCAGAUCUACGUAAUGGUAGCAGCAGUUGCGAGAAUUUCAAGGUCAUCUGUACGGCCGCAGCAUGGACGCGAUUCCACCCGGUGUUGAUGAAGACUGGGCCGUGGAAUAUUUAUUCCGAGGUAGAAAAUCACGAAAAGAUAAAAGACUAAUGCUACAAGAAAAGGAAUCCAACGCAGCCAGCUACCGUCUCCUGCGCUACCGCCGACAAACAGGAGAAGCACCUAUAGAUGAGCGCUUAGCUCCAAAUCCUUCUAACCCAUCUCCUGAGAAAGGCAAGAAGUACGUAACGGGAAGACAGGGUCCACCUCAAUCUGGUAGCAAACCCGGUGCCAAACCUCGUGCGAAACGUGGUACCAAACCCAGUGCCAAACCUCGCACCAAACUUGGUCGCGACCCUGAUUCCGAACCUGAACCCCAAUCUGAACCCCAAUCUGAACCCCAACAUGAAGUUGAGAAGCCUUUCGGAGCAGCGUGCUUAAAAGCUGCAAGCUCCAAAAUGGGUCCUAUCAAAAAGAUGUUUAAGGAGAAGUUUGACACCUUUUGCAACAGAUCGGAAAAGAGAUUCAGCAUUGUGAUAAUUGUCGUUGAUUUCAUCAUGCUGAUUCUCAAUAUCAUGCUCGUUGUGACAUGCUAUUGUUUUAUCGUCUCCGUUCGCCGGAAAGAAGUAAAUCUCGCGAUCGGAUUUGUUGUCCUGGCGGCGGUAUGCUUGUGUAUAAACCCUUGCUACUGGGUCAUUCGUCUCGCCAUGACACCACCAUGGGGCUACUUCAAUGGCGUCAGAAUUGCUUUAACAGUCAUAUUUCUCCUAUUGUUUUGGGGAGUGUUCUUCUUUGCUAUUGUAAUGGCUGCAAAAUUUUUCUACUUCUGCUUCCUGGUGGAACUAGAUUCGACUAGUCCACUUGUUCAACAGAGUGAUGUGGACCAGAAGACUAUGAAGCGUGACAUCGAAACUUAAUAAAUAAUUUGAUACAGAAGCUUUACAAUG